UUCAGAAUAUGUUCUUCUGAAACGUAAAUAACGACUUCUUUUAUUCAAUUGCAUCACCUAUAAAACUUCCAAGUUAUAUCAACACUGAAGCCAAAAUCAAAACAGUGCAACCAACGGACCAGUCAAAAUAGUAAGAUGUCUGUCCUGGUGGCGAUCUUGGUCAUCUAUGGCUCCAUGUUCUUUAUUGGCGUCCCAGCAAACGGGUUUCUGAUAUGGGUCUUUUACAAGAUGUCGAUGAAACGUAGGAGGGCAGGUCAAAAGGGCGCCCUCGGUGGGUUCACGUCAACAGAUCUCCUGCUCUUGGGGUUAGCUGCGAUCAAUUUUACAGCUUGUGUGACGUCACCGUUAAAUAUUGGCUUUCGAUUAGUAACAAGUAACGACUGGAUGUGUAAGUACGUAAUUUUCAUGAGUCGACUUGCUUGCCUCUCGGCUCUCUUUGUGACUGUAGCCCUAGCGGUAUUUCGAUAUCGUAUCGUUUUAUGCAAUAGUGUCAAAGAGUCCCGAAAUCUUUGGAUCGUUGGAACGGUCUAUAUCUUGUGCUUAAUCUUAGCUUUCUUGACGCAUACUGCUGUAUUGGUCCAUGCAAAGUACGAAGACGAUCAGUUUUGUUUGCCUUUCGGGGGAAUACAGUCACAAGGGCUCUGGAUUUACCGGGGGAUUGUCGUUGGCAUCUUCGCUGUUUGCCUCACCACUGUCACUUCUCUUUAUGCUAGGAUUCUGUGGUUUUUGAGAAAAUCUCGUUCCCGGCGCAUUCACCAUUUAGUAUCGCCGAAGGGUGUCAAGAAAACAGUGACUGAAGCGUGGUCAGAGAAGCCGAAAGUGCCAUCUAAGAAUACACCACAAGUCACAAUUGGAACACGAUCUAGCGAUGAGUUUGAAUGUAGCAUCGAGACUGGAGUAACUACCAUCAGGGAUCCAUGUGCGGCUGCCUCCAAGGAUAUCCCAACUGUCUCUGGACAAUUACGAGACAAGCCCGAACAGAUUACAGAUGCCAUCUUGGCUGAGCGGCGUCCAGCUCAGGCAGUGAAACCAACUAACCACAUCAAGGCAACUAAGAUGAUCAUGAUUCUGACACUGAUUAUCUAUCUUGCCUGGAUGCCUUACAUUAUGAGCAUCAUCUUCGGACGCCAAUUCUCGGACUUAAUCCGGACAACUGCUCGACCACAACUGGUAGUAGGAACAUUGACAUUCUUCAUCCGUCUACGGGAAGUAAUUCAUAUUGCCAACCUCUUCGUCUAUAUUGCAGCAAACGACAGAUUUCGCAAAACGGCUAAGGAAUCUCUGGAUAACACCCUUUUUUCAAAGUGUCUACGGUGAAUUAGUUAAUUUCCAAGAGGGCUACAUACGGUUAUGUUUCCGUUCGAUCUUGUCCCACAUAGUCUAAUCCUAGUUGGUCUACAACCAGUUCGUAUACUAGCCAUUUGACUAAUUGCCAUAUAAUAAUAGCCCUAAUACCUUUAUUUUGUUUACGAUAUCCACUCUGUCAAAGACCACUUAGAUGUUAGCUUACUGUUUGAGAACCAAAUUGUUAUUGACAAAAUGCAAAAUAAUUAGUAGCCUUAGAUGGAAAUUGAAGCAUCUUUGCGUUAGUCUAAAUUAUUGUUGGACCAAGUCGGUACGUGUAGAAAACAAAAUAGACCAACUGCAAGUAGGCCAAGCAAAAAAUGAACUAUGAACUAAAUCUAGCCUAUUGUAGUGACAAUCUAGAUAUAAUUAUAUACCAGAAUCAUACUGUGAUUCUACGUUAAAAAUCAAAGUUUCAAAGACACAAGCGAAAAUUGCAAAGGUCCUAUUUUUGUUCUUUUAAAUACUGCACUAAAUGUAAUGAUUAAUGUUGUAUUUGAUAUUGUUCAAAUGCAUGCAGAUGGAAAAAACACUUGAAGAACAGAAAUCGUGUAGACACUUUCUAGGUAUAAUUGUGUGAUUGGAAAGAUACAUAUAUAUUGAGAAGAUGAAUAAAACGCAUGUUCAU